UAACAUGAUAACCGAAUUCCUUGAACUUGAGUAUCUUUGAAUUAACAAUGUUAUAAUACGUUAUAAACUUAUAUGAAUUCUAAUAUUUCUGAAAAUCAUUUAAUAGUGAAGGCAACACUGUAUAUGUCCCCUUAGCAGCUUGCCGAAAAGGUUUUAUCCCGCGUGAAUUUAUAUUUCGUCAAUAAAGAGAAUUCUUAUAUUAAAGAAAUUAACUUUUUACAAAAGUUUUCUAAAAUGCCUAAAACAAAGAAGAGAACCACUAGUUCAUCUAGCAGUGAUUCUGGACCUGACGAUAGAAAUGUACCACCGGUAAAAAAAUCCAAAGCAAGUACUGAUAAGACUGGUAGCGGAUCCAGCAAUAAAGAUACUAAUAGUUCAGAAAAUCCAAAUGGUCCUUGGACAAUUGAAAAAUUGCGUCAGGUGCGUAUAAAUGAGUUUAAAGGUCGCAAAAUGGUGGACAUCCGUGAGUUUUACGAAAAAAAUGGUGAAAUUUUGCCUGGUAAAAAAGGAAUAUCCCUGUAUCCCCAUCAAUGGAAAAAAUUGUUGGAACUAGCUCCUGAGGUCAAUAAAGCUUUGGGCGAUUAAGUCAACCAAUUACACUCGUCGCUCACCAGCAAAAUUGUAUUUAUUAAUUUUUAUAUGUAUGUGUAUAAAAUAAUA